AUGGAGAUCAUUAGGGGUUUUUUUGUGUCGCUUGGACUCAAGGGGGAUUGUGAGGUUGGUCUGUUGGAUUUGAAUCACGUUCUGAUCAGGCCGUCGUUAGAGGAGGAUUUCACGCAGCUUUUUGUGCGUCGUUCCUGGUUUGUGAAGGGCGCGCAGAUGCUGAUAUCCAAAUGGACACUGGAUUUCAAGGCGCAUCAGGACGCUACGUUGGCUCCUGUGUGGGUGUCCAUGCCGUGUCUUCCAUUGCCUUUAUUUAAUGCGGUGUAUAUUGCUAAACUGGCUGGGUUGCUGGGAAGAUGCCUGAAGAUUGAUUCGGCGACUUUGUCCCUUAGGCGGCCUUCGGUAGCGAGGGUUUUGAUUGAGAUGGAUGUUUCGAAAAGGCCCCCCCAUCGGGUUUGGAUUGGGGAGGAGCAGGAGGGGUUCUGGCAGGAGGUGGUGUAUGAGAGUUGGCCAAAGUUUUGUGGUUUUUGUCAUCGUUUUGGGCAUGAAGAUGGUGAAUGUUUUAGGAAGCACCCCGCGCUUAAAUUAGACAAAAAGGAUGUUAGGUCAGAAGGGAAAGCCACAGCAGUUUACCGGCCUAAGGGAACAAUGGAUCAGCAUGGUCCUGGUGGAAAUUUUCUCCUACGUGGGGAGUGUCAUCAAAGCCCUGGGGGGAGUGUCGAUCCUGGACAAGGCAGUGGAGGGAAAUGUGUGGAUGAUAUGGUUCCUGGGGUUUCUUCAGCUUUGGGGCCGGUGGAGGUGGAGAAGGAGAUGGCGCGGGAGGGAAGGGCCACAGCAGUGGGCAUUGAGGCUCCAGGGUCUUCGGCUCUGGUGGCGGAGUCUGUGGUCCAGUUGGAAGGGGAUGAAGGGAGAGGUGAUGCGACGAAUGAUGGUUUGAACAUAGUUUCGGUAAGAGAGGCAGAGUGCCCUGUGUCUCCGGCCAGGGAGGAGGACCAUGGCUGGAGGAGAGGGGAGAGUGGGCAGAUUGGAAGGAUGGAGAAGACGUCUCCCAAAUCCUUUGGGAUUCUUCAGUUACUUUCAAAUAUGGAGAUUCAGGAUUUUGAGCGUAUUCCAUCCAGGUCGGUGGGCUGUGCACGGGUUGCCGGACACAGACAUAGACGUCAACUCUCGGAGGGAGAUACUCCGGGGGAGACAGUGCCGUGGGAGCAGCUAAGGCAAUUCCAAAAACUGUUGCAUCACCGGCUUCCUGACGCUCUGAGUGGGGGGCUGGGGAUUGGGGUGGAGUAG